UUCUUGACGUUGAAACCAGUUUGCUUUGAUUUACCGAUUGCUUCUCAAUAGCUGCGUCUGCGUUUCAGCGAGCGGUCGUCUCUUCUGUCGUAAAAAUGAAUAAGCUAUACUUAACCAUAGCAAUUUUAUUAGCAGUUGCAAUAUUAGUCGUGCGAAGUGAUGAAACGCCUUCGGAACAAUGCCCAGGUCGAGAAUUCGAUAAUCUUCGUGAGAGAAUCCAGGUGCUACCAUGUGGGAAGUCACGUUGUAAGCUGCGUAAAGGAACCAACACGACCGUGAUCUUCAAAUUUAAACCAAAAAAAGUUGUCCACAAACUUACGAAUGACGUCUACGCCAUGAUCGCCGGUGUCCCAUUGCCAUUCAUUGGCGUGGCUGGUGUGAGCGCGUGCACUCAGGUGAAGCACGCCGACACCGGGGAGGCUGCGCCUUGUCCCCUGGAGGCCAACAAGGAAUACGUCUACACUAACUCAUUCCAUAUAGAGUCCUUUUAUCCACAAAUACAACUUCGCGUGCACUGGGGACUCAACGAUGGCAAAGAGGAUGUAGUGUGUUUUGAAGUACCGGCAGUCAUUACAGCAGCUUCUAAGAAGAAUUAAGAUAUAAAAAAUAUUUCUCGUUUUUCCUAAUUGUAGUUAGUCUGCCUGUACUGGACAUAAUUAUCUUGUAGAUUUAAUUUUAUAGUGUUAUAUUGAGAGCCCUAUUUUUAUAAUAAAACUAU